AUGGUAAUUGAUUUAGAUGUUAGGUAUGUCAUAAAAAUGCUGCAGCGUCUUAUUCACUGUAAUACAGGACUGGGUUGCCAACUUCUAAGUCAUAUUUUCGAUGUUUCUCGACCAGUUCUUGCACUCUGUCUUUCCCAUGAGCGUGGAUCAUUCACUGUUCCGGAGUGGGUCCCAACUGUGAUACAUAUUUUGACUAAGUACUCACCAAAUCAUAACCACCUUAAAGUUCCUGAGAACAAUAUCAGACCUGCACGUCUUCUAUCGUAUCAGCUGCGGGAACUCGCGUUCGUGUCAUAUUUUUCAACUAUUUUUUCUCGACCAGCGCUUUCAGCUGUUUGCGACGUAACACCUUACUGUGUGAAGUUCGAGUAG